AUGGUACGUUCUCUCUUUGAUACAGCACUUGCCGCCUGUGUCCAGAAUGCUCUGCUUAUAGACAAUGUUGGAACUACGCCAUAUCAUCUUGUUCGGCCCAUUCUCAAAAGACUUUCAGCUAAACAACUAGCUCAACUCGAGGAGAAUUCUCCCUCGGUCACACCCGAGUCUGAUGAGCUAUGGAGGGUGCUCAUUGAGAAAGACUUUCCUGACCGCCCACUUCCGCGGCGCCAAUAUGUUUCUGGAGGUGACAUGCCCACUAAAGCGACUUAUUUCCAGUACGUUGCAGAAAGAGACGAACUACGAGCCUCGAGCGCCCAAAGACUUAGAAAAUUCACCGAACGCAUCCAACGGGAGAAGAGCCGAAACCAAAUCGUGCCAUUGAAAGGAAUACUACACGAACCUGUGCGCAGGAAAGUGCCACUGACUUUUACUCCCUUCAGUACUAAUGCGAGACCAAAGUCUAUUUUGGGCAAGGCCAUGCGGGACAUGCAACAUCGCCUGUUGAUAUUCCAAGGUGCUCGCAAGUAUGAUCCUUACCGGGCUUUCAAGCAGCGAGAUCAGCAAACAGACAAUGGCCAGUAUAGGGAUCGGAGAGCAGAAAGGACUAUGGUUGGCAAAACCGAGGAAAACGAAGCUAGGGGAAGAAAAGAAAACCCCAAUUCUACGGGAAACAUGUCUAGAAAAAAGAGAAAAGUGGACAACCAGGUGCCCAGUUCUGCUCCGUUUCUAUAUUUCGCUGUCAGUCUGAGGACCCGAUCUUCUGAUAAUGGCAGGUUUCUAGCUGGACCUGAAACAACUUCAUUUGAAGAAGCAUCUCGCAAUGCUGGGCAAGAUAUAACCGAUUCGGGAACGGCAAGUGCUGAAUCUGAACGUGCACUGUCCUCUACAAUCUCAGAAGCUGCUCCAAGCCUUACUGAAACGCCCACAACUUCCAGUAUUCAAUCUGUUCGAAAAUCUAAUUCUACUCCUCCGGCUGCAUCUCUCUCACCAAGUCCUAAGCCUGCUUCACCCUCGUCUCUGCUGAAUCUCCCUUCCUCAACUGAACAAGUGAGGCGUGAAGCUCCUGAAUCCUAUAAACGGAGGCCACCUUCAAUUUUUUUGCCGAAGCGCAAAAUGCCACGGGCGCCACGCAUUUCUGUGCCCAAAGGAGAGAAAGAGACUAAAACAAGGGAACCGCAAGCAAAAGAAACCAAAGAUUCUCAAGGCAAUGAAGAUGUGCCUGUAAAACGGGCACUUCGAUCCUCGAUCUUUCAUUGA